UUAUCGGGCUCCUGAGUGCUGUCCGCUCUUGCACGGCACGGCUCAACGUCGCAGAGACGGACACAUAGCCUACGCACAGGGGCAGAAAGAGGGGCGGUGUAUGGUGAGCCCAAAACAAACCGUCCGUCUGUCAACAGAGAACACUGUCGGCGUCUCCCCUGCGGUCCGGUUGGAUUUACGGUUGCGUCUGCUGCAGCUGAAGGAGGUAGACUAUAUAGCUGGUAGAGCCACUGCAGCAAGGAAGGUCAGGAGCGGAGGAUUGAGCCACCGGAGGCAGGCAGGAAGGCACAGGAACCCCGUUUUGAGCACCGGGACCCCGCCCGCUCGGCCGCAGCGUCCACCGCAACGCUGGAGCUCACCGACGGUCACAGCUGUCAUCCAGGGCUCCUGUCCUGCCCUGCUCUGUGCCCCCUGAAUCAUUCAGUCUCACUCCACCAAAGGCACCCGCAACGGAUACGAUCCCUCACUGGCUUCUCACUACUCAACACAGGCAAUUGAGUUGUAGAGAUGCCAUAUAGGGAGAUGAGGGAAGACCCAUCUGGUGAAGAGUGAAUGAAAGAAGGACGGAGUAAAGGAAACAACAACAAAAAAAGAGAAGAGCAAGAGGCAAAGAAGGAGAGGAACAAAUCCGACAGAGGAGAUUUGAAAGGAAACCAAAGGAGGAGAAAAGGGAUGGUGGGCAAGAUGUGAAGUGCUUCACGAAAGAGGAGAGACGAAGUUGAGGAUAAAUAGAAACAGGGAGUGUCAGAAGGAGGAAACACACAAAUUCCUAAGAAGAGACGGACAGGAUUAAAAGUGAAAGAGAGGAAGCCACACGGGACCAAGAAGCCGGGAGCUUUGGAACGGUAGGAAGAGAAAGCGAGAGACUGGUUGAGGAAGGGGGAGGGAAGAAAACAUCUGGAUGGUCUCCACAGCAACGGCCAGCAGGUUACCCCCCCUCCGAAGAUGGCCUCCAACUUCAACGACAUCGUCAAGCAGGGCUACGUGCGCAUGCGCAGCCGCAAGCUGGGGAUCUAUCGGCGUUGCUGGCUGGUUUUCAAGAAGUCAUCCAGCAAAGGACCUCGUCGUCUGGAGAAAUACCCUGAUGAGAAGUCUGCCUACAUCAGAGCCUUUCCUAAGGUGACAGAGAUUAGCAACGUCAAGAAUAUCACACGGCUGCCCCGAGAUACCAAGCGACAGGCGGUGGCCAUUGUGUUUACAGACGACACGUCACGCACCUUCACCUGUGAAUCAGAGCUAGAGGCGGAGGACUGGUUUAAGACGCUGUCCAUUGAGUGCCUGGGCACACGGCUCAAUGACAUCAGCAUGGGAGAGCCGGAUCUCCUGGCUGCUGGAGUGCAGUGUGAACACACAGAGCGCUUCAACGUGUUCCUCCUCCCCUGUCCCAACCUGGACAUCUACGGGGAGUGCAUGAUGCAGAUCACCCACGAGAACAUUUACCUGUGGGACAUUCACAACCCUCGCACCAAGCUGGUCACCUGGCCACUCUGCUCCCUGCGGCGCUACGGACGGGACGCCACCCGCUUCACCUUCGAAGCCGGCCGGAUGUGUGACAGCGGUGAAGGCCUCUACACCUUCCAGACCAGAGAGGGAGAGCAAAUCUACCAGAGGGUUCACUCCUCCACGCUGGCUAUCGCCGAGCAGCACAAGAAGGUCCUUCUGGAGAUGGAGAAAAACAGCAGGUUGAUGUCUGUGGGUUCAGAGCCUGGCUCCUACCCCUGCACCCCAACCGCCAUCCUGCCCCGAUCCGUCUACUGGCAUCACAUCACUGGAAACCAGACCGGCAUGGAUCCAGGUGAUGCUGCAGAGGACGACCUGCUGUCCACCCGCCUGCCUCCGGACCGCCAUGCCACGCUGCCCCUGGCAAACACACAUGCACAGUCCCAGCCACACAUACCCACACACUCCCCGACACACUACCCCACCUACCCUGGACAGUGACACACAAACACAGAAGAUGUGGAAUUGGAAAAAGACACAAACACACGCAUGCCCACAUGCAUGCAGGCACACACACACACAAUGAAACACACAAUAAAACACACUGUCUCUCCUUAUAUUAGUUUUACAGCCCAACGUUACACCUCACAGGAGAUGUUGUAGGCGGGACUAACACUGUCCAAAAGACCAUGCUGAAAGCAGAAAGCAGGAAGUGAAAACUAAAUACAGCGAAAGACUGCAAGGAGAUUGGUCUCCUUACAUGACUGCAGCUCCUACAAUUCUACAGUAGACCGGGGAUAUUUGACAUUUUUCCACACUCAGGAUAAGAAACUCUGGCAGAUUGGAAUAUAUGGCUCUCAGUAUGCUUUAAACCACCUAGGAUAUAUUAUGUGUUGUCCAACCAAGUCACAGUGUUUUCACCUGUUCCGAAUGGACACUCUCGAAGGGUGGGUGAAAAGCCUUGAAGAGCAAUUUGUAGCGAUUUUAUUUAUUUAUUUACUGAAUUUAUACUACAGUUUUUAUUGAAAUUAUGAUUUAAAUAGUAAAUCUCUGGCGGUACGAGAUACAGAUGAUCGUCCUGCGACAGUUAGUUAAGGAACCAAAAUGACUUUAUUGAUGAGUGUGAAUGAUUAGAUUGUGAAAAUUAGAAAAAAGAUUGUGGUUUGGGGUUAAGUGCAUACUAUAAUAAUAAAUACGUGGAAUACAUACAAAUUAGAGUGCAUUACUUUCCAUUCCUGCAGUAUAUGUACGAAUGGAACAGCCUGCCCAACACCAAAACUCAAUUUUAGUGGCUGUAGUCCAUCAUAUGCAUAUGAAUAUGUAUUUUAAAACACAUUAGUAUCAAAACUAGCACUGGGAUCCAUAUUUAUUAUUGUUAAAAUUGACCCAGUUUGGCCGCUCCCCCUUAUGUGACACAUACAAUUUCUCUGAUUUGAGGAAAACAUGAAAACGGAUGUCACUGUAGUGUGUAUAUAUAUAUAACGUUUUAUUUUAUGAGUCCAUAAAUUCCUUUUAGGGAGAGAGAGACACAGAGACAUGUGUAAUUUGGUCCUAAUCAUAGGGAAAAUAGGAAUUUCCUUAAAAGAAAUGCUUAAUUUAAAUUCAUUCAUUGUUGGAAACCUUACUUUAAAUAUAUGUGGAAUUUUUGUCAGUUUUCAUGAAUGAAACCUAACACCAUGAAUGCCUUUGAGGAGAAACUGUCCAAAGAUGUGUGUAGAUAUCAUAUUUUGUAUGAUUCACUGCGUCAAGACUUCAAGACUUCGAGGCUUUUCACCCGACCUUCGAUUGUGACCAAAUGGAACCGGUACAAACACUUUUGCAAUGUGUUUGACGACACGUCAUAGAACCUAGUUCUUCAAGGCCUAUUAAAGCCUUUAUAGACAAACCUAUGUCGUUACCAAGCUACCGGGAUAGAUUUGGUAGAGUUUUAGUGAGGAAUCUGUGAAAUGCCAAAUUUUUGGUCGAACUUCCUCUGUUUUUUAUGGUGUGUAUACAGUAGGAUUAUUAAUGCUGGAUCUGAUGUUGUAGCUUGAGUUUCUCACCCCAAGAGUGAAACAACUUCCAAAUGGCUGCCAUGGGAUGACGUCUAUAAGGCCCAGUGUGUUACAUUGAAUGCCGUGUGGACCGCGACUGCAUGGUGCCUUAAUGGCACCACAUGGACUGUGCUAUCAUUGGAAAUCCACUGACACCUAGGAUUCCCUUGUGGAAAGUUCCCGCUGUUCCAAUGCCAGCUGACACACUUGUCCGAAGAACACUUGAUUAAUAACUGUAUGUCCGCGACUGGAUCGAUGCCUUCGAUUUUGCUGAUAACUGAUGUGACUUUGCAGUUUCUGGAUCUGUUUGCUGUGCUGAGGUUCUGAACCUUGGAAUGAAACUAUGAUUGGAUUCAUUUUUUAAUGGAUUGGCUCCUGUACUAAACUGGAUGUUCACCCUUAGAGCUUCAGACUUUCUCUGAGAUGUAUCCUAUUACACCUCCUAGUAGCCUCAUGCUUCUAUUGAGCUAUAUUUGCACAACCCUGUUAUUUUCUUAUAUUAUUCAUGGCUUAGAAGUGGAAUAGGGACUUACAGUGUAGAGGUAGAUGAUGCGUUUAGAUUUAACCUGCCAAUAAUGGAUAUUCAGUGUCUUUACACUUUCAAUGCCAGAUAUUACUUUUUUCCAAAUAAUUUAUUUCUAACUAGAGCGACCAAACCCUAAACACUGAAAUGGGAAACUCUCUACUGAAACACAGGAGAAUGACAGAAAAACAUGUUCAAACAUUGGCGUUCACAGACUUUUUAAAGGGCAGGGGUGGGAAUGAUACAGGGGCAUCUCUUUCUCCCACAGGGUUAGGGUUCUUUUACCCUUAGGUCAGAGCGGGACUUGAACUAGAGGGGCGUUAGGGCUCACUAAAGGGGCACAGGGAGGAACUUGGGCUGCCUACAGGAGCACUCAAGGUGUCUCAAUUUGCCUACGUGAUAUGUGACAUCAAGUGUGGAAUUGUCCCACUGGGCUACAGACAUAUCAUGGUUGUUAAAUCACGUUUUCUUUCCCCAAAAGUCACAUGUGAGCACUUGAGCAUAUGACAGGAAUAUUUGGGCCAACCUUAAGGGCUCUUAACCCGACCACAGGGGCACUUUGGCUGACCAAUGGGCACUUGGAUCACUCAAGUACCCUACGGUGUGACUAGAGCAGUCCUGCUAUUAUAACAGUAAUGUAAUCAGCAGGUAGUGUCACAUUCUGUUCCGUAAGGGUUUCUUCAGCUUCCUAUACGUGGCCUACAGUAUUCCAAACCUUUUAGUUGCUUCCACUCAGUCAAACUAUUCUUGGGGGACAAAUGGUCUUAAGGGAUAAUUCUCGUUUAUUACAACUUGGAUCUGAUUUUUAGAAUGUUGUGGCCAUCAUUUCUAUCAGUAAUCAUACCAUUGUACUCACAAGUUAAAUAAUGAGAUCUGGGAACACAGCAACAUUCCUCUCUUC